AUGGAUUUAUAUUAAGUUCAAUAACUUAGUGAGCGCUUACAAAGCAUUUUCAGAGGAGCAAGAUCACCACGAAAUGAGACUUAAAAUGCAAAAUCUUUACUGUCUAAUAACUAUCUUACUGAAGGCUUAACUUCAAAUCUAUCACCAAGAGAGUCAAUGUAAUUCAAGGAUAAGAGAAGAAUUAUUCAGAAGUCACCUGACUUAAAAUAGCGAAGCUUAAUGUAUAUGCAAAACAUUAGUUGGUGGACCAGAAUUGAGGAGCAUUUCAUUUCAUCAGAAUAACGAGACUACUAUUGCCUUGACUUAUUUGAAAGAUUUCUUACAUAUAUGAGGAUAUCCCUUUCAAAAAAGGAAUAGCGGAAAAUUGAUCUUAAACAUCCAAUUAAGUGUCUUGUUUGUAUUGCAAGGAAAAGUAAUAAUAAAGAAUAGUUAUAUAGAUAACUCUAUGGUAAUCUUAACAAAGCUAAUCCUGAAAUUUUAAAGUUCAUGAUGUGUACAAUUGAUUAAAAUUUAUUCAAGAACUAUAUGGAUUUGGACAAUGACAUGAUGAAUAUUUAUGAGUUUUACUAUUUUAAUAUGAACUAAGGAACAAAUAAAGAAUUUUAUAGAAGAUUUUACAAUUCAAUACUUGUUACCACUAAUAUUCUAUUCUAAAGAUUACCUGAAAUAAUGUUAGAGUAUAUAAAAUACGAAAAAGAAUUAGGGUCAAACAUUUUAUUAAGAAAUCUAUACUUAAUUAUCUGCAUUAUUAUGAUUAAAAUGAAAUAGAAUCGAAGACUAAUUAAUAACUUUGAGAAAUCCUCUAUAUUGGGUAAUCUAUUUAUUUUUUUCUCAAACGAUCAUCAUUUUCUUAAAGAAGAGUUACCAAGACCUUGGCAAGUAUAACUUAAAUAUUAGAACUUAAAUGAAGAGGGCACUCUCCUAUUUUGUAAGUCAUCAAACAUGCCUUACUGGUUAGAUACAGUUUAUGCUGCUUGUGCAUGA